CUAUUUCAUGGCCAGAAGAAGAAGAAAUGCGGUUCCAAAACUCUAAAAGCAAGUGGGAGGAGAGAUUUAGAUGAUCAAGUGUUGGCCCUAGCCGCCCUGCUUGGUCUUUCUUCUCCCCCAUCCGGCAUGGCUACUGUUCUCGGAUCCGGAUCCGCCAAAACUAUGGCCGAUAGGUCCAAACACCUUGCUCAACCUAAUCCACUUGACCAUGUAGAGGUUAAAGAUUGCUCAAGUGAUGAAGAUUCGGCCUUUGAAGAUGCUAGCUUAGAUGGCUCAAAUGCGUACGUUGAGGAAAGGAAUCACCCAAGUGUUGAGGAACAAGUCGGUGGGAAGAUGCUUUCCGAGGUUGGGUCGGCUCCCACGAG